CAUCUCAUCCAGUGCGGGCUGUACUCUGUACUGUAUUCUAUUUAAAGUGCCGAAUGUAGCAGGUUAGUAAACACGGGCCUUACUGUAACACCUCCGCAUUUAUAACAGCUCUCUAGUAUGAGUAUAUAUGCGUGUCUUCUAGUGGACAAAGCCAGAAUAUGUGACUCGGACCUUACAUCUUUACCGCGGCCAGGUUAAUGCGGUUAGCCACGAUGCUAACGCCAUGAUGCUAACAUUAGCCGAGAGUGACAUCAACAUUGCGUUGUUAUUGUCCUCCUUACGCCUCCCUGUGCGGCGAGUAGCUUAAUAAUCAUUUCUGACUGAAGUGUGUGUCGUCCACGGUGCACAACAUGAAGGUGGAGUCUGUCAAGACGCCGCUGGAAGACACGGCAAAGGCGGACGACGACGUCGUCACGGUUAAAUGUGAAAAUGACGUGCUGCAGUCUUUCAAUGAGGAAGAUGGAGACUCUGGGGAAUAUUGUACCAAUGGAGAGGAGCUCGACAUCCGAAUCAAAGAGGAGCCACACUCCCUGGAGAUCACCGAGGUUUAUUGUGGAGCCACAUUAAGCUAUUUAGGUUCUCAGCCAGAGGGUGGUGAUGAUGGGACACCCUCUACAGAUGGUCCUCACCACCACCUGCAGGGGCUUGUAAAAGUGGAGCCGGACCUCCAGCAUGGAUGUGAGUUUAGUGCAGAAUAUAAUGUAGCUGUUAAGGAGGAGAGUUUACCAAAAGAAGAAGAAGACUCUCAUGAUCGAGACAACAUUGAAGAGGAGGAGGAUGGAGAGGAGGUCUGCACAGAGUCGUCUGAAUUUUUCCCCUGUCCUCACUGUGACGUCUCUUUCACCGACCUGGACUUCCUGGAGAAGCACGUGAAGUGGGUCCACCAAAAAGAGUACCUUGCUGAGCUGAAGAAAUGCCUCUCCAGCCACGCCCAAAAAAGCCUCAUCCCCAAACACACCUGCACCGUCUGCGGCAGCACCUUCAGCUCCAAAGUCUACCUUCGGGUCCACGUCAGAGAGAGCCACCCUUCUGCUCCUACCCGCCGGCUCCACCCGUGCCCGACAUGUGUGCGCAGCUUCCAGUACUUGAAGAAUCUGAAGAACCACUGCCAGCGCUGGCACAGCAUGUCAGUGGUCAUUAGAGGUGGGCACCUAUGCUGCGUUGACUGUGGGAAGAGCUUCAAAACCACCUGGGGGCAGGGGCCUCACUUGUGUCACCAGCCACACACAGAAUCCGAGGAAAAGCCCAUCUGUCUGGAUCUGGGGUUGAAGUGUUCCGAGUGUGGGAAGAAGCUGAGCACGCCUCAGAGCCUGGACGACCACAUGCGCAUUCACACAGGUGACCGUCCAUUUGUCUGCAAGGACUGCGGCAGGCGCUUUGUGGAGCGCAGCAGUUGGCGACAGCACCAGAGAAUCCACACAGGGGAGAAGCCGCACAAGUGUCAAGUGUGCGGCAAGGCCUUUCAAAGGGGACAUCAGCUCAAGUGUCACCUCACCACACACUCGGCCAAGAAGGAGUACUCCUGCUCGCAGUGUGGGAAGGAAUUCGGCUUAAAGGCGAGCCUCAACCUCCACUUGCGGACGCACUCCAGCGAGAAGCCUUUCCAGUGCCCUGUGUGCGGGAAGAGCUUCAACACCCGCAAGAACCUGCGUGUGCACAGCAAGCUGCACAACAGCGAGAAGUCCCACCAAUGCGGCGACUGCGGCUUGAAGAUCAGCGACCUGGGGGCUCUGAAGAUACACCUGAGGACGCACACGGGCGAGAGGCCCUACCACUGCACUGUCUGCGGCAACAAGUUCAUCCGCCUGGCACAUCUGCGGAACCACCAGCGCACGCACACUGGUGAGAGGCCCUACAAGUGCAACGAGUGCGACAAGAGCUUCACGCAGUCCGGCGACCUGGUGAAGCACAAGAGGAUACAUUCCGGGGAGAAGCCCUUUGAAUGUCCCGACUGCCACCGUCGUUACACCUCCUCCGGCGAUCUGGGCAAGCACCGGAGGACACACACUAACCUGCGUCCGUACAUAUGUCAGGAAUGUGGCAAGAGCUUCCGUUUGUCCGGCCAUUUGAAAACCCACAUGCGCACUCACACUGGAGAGAAGCCGUACUCCUGCCCCAACUGUCUCCGCAGGUUUGCUCGCUCCCACCACCUCUCUGGACACAUCGCUAAAUGUCGCUAGGGCUAAACUAAGAGGAUCGUAGCUACAGAACUACUUCUAGGUUUAGGUUUUAACAUGAAUUAACAGUGGAACCGCUAAGGUCAAACACAAUCCGUUCCAUUCAUUUUCUUGCGGGAAAGCUGGAGCCUAUCUCAGCUGACAGUGGGCUGAUUUGGUGAUGGGUGUCCACUUAGCCAGACAACCAUUCUCACUUGCAAGUACACCUACAUAGAGUCAGCAAGCAGGAAUCGAUCCUGCGCAGGCAGAGCUACACGAACCUUGGCUAUGAGCCGCUGAUACCAAAUCCGUUCUGGUACGUCCGAUUUGUUAGAAUUUAGAAAAAGUUUUCCCGUCGGAAAUGUUGGAAACUGAGGCUAUAGUCACACAGACAUGGAUAUUUGAAAAAUGCAUAUUUGUCAAUGCGCUUUGGCCUUUUGUCCACAUGCAAACAGGGUUUUGUCCUGAAAAACAGAGUUAAUGGUAAACUCCGGCCAGGAUGAGGAUUUUUUUAAACUCCGGCUUCAGUGUUUGUGUAUUGAUGGGUAAAACGGAUUUUAGUGAAUGCUGAUUUUAAAGAUACAGUAGAUCCCUGCUAUUUAUGGAGGUUACGUUCCAAGUUCCCUGCAAGUGGUGAAAAACAGCGAGGAUGCACCCUUACAAAGCCCUAAAAUGACAACGCCCUAAAAUGGCUUUUUUCAAUACUCUUAACGCCUACAAUAUGCCUCUGACAGUUAUUAUACUUUUUUUUAUUCAGUUCUACACAUUAAGAAACAUUGAUAGGCAUACAUCUGUAUGUAUGUUUAAAAUGUGCUUUUACACAUCAACACAUCUUGUCAAAGCAUCUUCCAGCUGGAAAAUUUUGAUUGAUUUGACUGGUGAGACCUCUGUUGGAUUUAUAGCGACUGCAAAUACCCAACCUCCUCCCCAUUCUCGUUAGCUUAAAAAAGUACAUUAUUUAUUAUUUAAUAUGCAAAUAUGUGGGAACACGAAUGCAGAACCAUGAAUAGACAAGGAUCUGCAUGUUAUACCUUACUAUACUGAUGAAUAGCCAUUAUAAUGCGCUACCAAGACAGCUGCAGUUGCUUUUUCAGGCCUUAGAUUGGCCAAAAUGUGCGUGACAGCUGGUGAAUGUGCUUUCAUCGGGACAGAGAUGUCUUUAAAAUUACACUUGUGGAUAGAGAUUUUGCUGGAGAAAUGUGCAUUUUUGAUAAUGUCCGUGUUCAUGUGGAAAUGGUAGCUGUCACCUAACAUUUAACAAUUUAACAUUCUCAACUGUCAUUUAAAUGUGAAAAGAAGUUAACCACUAUAUAUGAAAACUAAAAGUAAAAAAAAAACAACCUCAUCCUUUGAAUGUUUAAGUGAAGAGGGGCUGAGUUGGCGUUAUGCAUGGUGGUUCUAAACUGUCAUACAAGUAAAAAGUACUUUUAACGACUAAACACUACACUUUGUUCUUCUUUUAUCAUUGUGUGAAGUUAUUGUCACAUCAGCCAUACUGAGUACUGGGGAAAGAUACUUUUUUUCUGGUAGCUACCCUACUGUAGUGACAUCACAAAAUAUCACAAACAAACUACAUUCUGUGUACUGAUUUUUCCCAAACAAUUACCGGUAGGUUGAAUUCUGACUUGUACGAAUUCACGGGCAUUUGGCUUUAUAGGUUCCACUGUAUUUUUAAGGGUUCCUAGGGAAUUCCAUGAGGUCAAAACUGUUUUUUUGUUGUUGUUUUUAAACACUAAUACUGAUCCCGUCUGCUAAUCUGUGCUGUACUAUUUGUAAAAUAAAUGUAAUAAAUUAUCUGACCACUGCAUGAACAAUGUCUGUGUUGUGUGACCUAAUAAUUAAAAAUAGGAAGAGUACUCUGUAGCACUGCUCAGUACUUCUUUCGUGGUUUGGCUGUCAGUAAUAAGCAGCACGGCAGCAUUAAUAAAUAAAUGAUUUGUGCAUAUUUGGGAUCCCUUUGUAUGUGGUCCAUCAGUCGGUUAAUGGUGUUUCAUGGUACAAAUGUCUCAUGAUAAAGUGGGUCUUAGGACGACAUAUUGACGUAGGUUUGCGUAAAUGCUAUACACAUGCCCAUGGCCCACACCACCCUACUGUUUUCUUAAAUGGUAGUAUAUUAGUAAUAAUAACGGAAUAAAUUAUACAAUAAAUAGUUCAACAACCACUCUAAUAAACUUAGUGCUAUAGUACCUUAUGUUGUGUCCUGGAAGUGGGAAUAUCGUAAGUUUUCCAUAUAAGGUAUGCUUGCCGUCCCCCUUCCGUGUAUGUUGAACUAGAAGAAAUGUCCCGGUUGGGCGCAUCUACUACUAAUUGAGCUAUAGGAACGCGCACGUGGGAGGCGCCUGCUGGGCAAACAAGCACACCUAGAUGUAAUUUUUGGCGCAGGUGAAACAGCGAGAUAAACUGGCAUAGCAGUUGUCUAUUUCUACAUUUGGGCAAAUAAUCGAUCUUGAGGUUGACACAGUCACAAAAUAAAUUAAUAGGUUGGAAAAGUACAUUUUAUCAACGCCACACAUCGUACGUGAGGUUAUCUUGGGGCCACAACACAUUUAGCUAACUUUUUGUCGUUCUGCUGCUGUCUUGACAUGGACCACAAGUAAACCUCACAUUUUGAAAGUGGAUGCAUCAAGACAGCAAGUAAGGCUUGAACACACUGAAGUGAAACCUCUUUUUGACCAGAGCGU